AUGUCCAAACCUGAAAUGAUCUAUCGCCGACUCGGCAAUUCAGGCCUUCAUGUCUCGGUCAUCAGUCUGGGAGGAUGGAUUACAUUCGGUGGCGAUGUCGCAGAAGAGGGCACCGAAGCAUGUAUGCGGCAAGCCUACGAUCUAGGAAUCAACUUCUUCGACACGGCCGAGGGCUACGCCGGUGGAAAGUCCGAAAUCGUCAUGGGUAAUGUCAUCAAGAAAGCCGGGUGGAAGAGAAAUGACCUCGUCAUCAGCACCAAGAUCUACUUCGGCCGCGCGCACGGCGACAACCCUGUCAAUAACAUUGGCCUCUCCCGCAAGCACGUCAUCGAAGGCACCAAGGCGUCCCUUUCGCGCCUCCAGCUCGACUACGUCGACAUCAUCUACGCGCACCGGCCCGACCGGCUGACGCCCAUGGAGGAAGUUGUGCGGGCGUUCAAUUUCGUCAUCGAGAAAGGAUGGGCUUUUUACUGGGGCACGUCGGAGUGGAGUGCCGACGAGAUCAGCGAGGCUGUGGGGAUCGCAAAGCGAUUAGGACUCAUUGCGCCGAUUGUCGAACAGCCGCUCUAUAACAUGCUGGAUCGCGAAAAGGUGGAGGGGGAGUUUGCGAGACUGUAUGAGCGUGUUGGGCUGGGACUCACUGUCUUCUCGCCAUUGAAGGGCGGCAGACUCAGCGGAAAGUAUAACGAAGCGUUGGAGCGGCCGCCGCCGGGGAGUAGGUUUGCCGAGAGCAAGGACGUUUACUCUGUGGGCAUUCGCGAGAGGUGGCAGCAGGAAGAGGGUGUUAUCAAGCAGCUCAAGAAUGUCAAGGCCCUAGCCGACAAGCUCGGCGUGAAGCAAUCCCAUCUGGCUCUGGCGUGGUGCAUAAAGAACGAGAACGUCAGCUCGAUCAUCACUGGCGCCUCAAGGCCAGAGCAGAUCGUUGACAAUGUCGAGAGUCUUAAGGUGCUCCCGCUGCUGAAGCCCGAAAUCAUGGCUGAGAUUGACAAGGCGCUUGGGAACAAGCCCGCCGUUGCGCCCGCUCGCGUUGGAUGA